UUUGGAUCUGUUCAACGAAAUAAAGGAGCAACUUUCAAGUUGCCCAGCAAAAACUCGUGCACUCUGUCGCACUGUCCAGACGACAGUGUGGGACGCUGUAUCAUCAAUAAGUGCAGUAUUAUACGCUCCGGAUAGCAUUGGAGAAGCCGGCGGAGGUGGAGGCGGUUCCGGACAAGGCCCAGGCGGCGGAAGUACGAGUCGUGUAGCAGCCAUUAUGGGUGCCGUUAAAUCCCGCCAUUUAACGACAGCCGACAAUUUAGUCGAGGAAGGUGGGGCCGGUGGCUCUUCACAUUUUCAUACUCUCAAGAACGGUGGUUCAAAUACUACUGGAUUUUUGCAAAAACAAGAUUUACGCUAUGAUAUUGGCACCAAUUCACAGUAUCAUCAUGUAAGACAACCAAGUGUGCGAAGUCGUAGUCAACAACCAAUGCCAACAUCUGAGGAACUGGAUCGAAGAUUUGCUAAAGUUUUGGCUUCAAUGGAUUUACCACCAGACAAAGCUAAACUUUUGAAAAACUACGAUGAUGAAAAGAAAUGGGAUAUUAUAUGUGAUCAGGAAAGGGUACAGGCGAAGGAUCCACCAUCGCAUUAUUUGAACAAACUACGUACUUACCUAGAUCCCAAAGCAUCACGUAGUCAUAGACUUUUCUUCCUCUACUUUUUUUGUCAGAAACGAAAAAUGGUUGGUGAAUCCACAUCCACUCAGGUGUUACGUGAUUUGGAAAUAUCAUUACGCACAAAUCAUAUAGAAUGGGUUAAGGAGUUUUUGGAUGAAACGAAUCAAGGACUAGAUGCUCUCGUUGAUUAUUUAAGUUUUCGUCUACAAAUGAUGCGCCACGAACAGCGAGUGCAAGAAGCUUUGUCAGAAUCGGAAGAAAGGCUGAAUAUGACGAAUAGUAUGGGCAGUGGAAUUGGUGGCACACCAAACGAUGCUGGAAGUACAUCUCUAGGUGGUGGAGGUUGUAGUAAUAAUACAAUGGGAAAUUCCAGUUUAUUAGACUCAACAAGACAACAAUCUUCGCUUGCUACACACACAAGCUUGAAUAAUGGAUUUUUACGUCCCUCGCUGGCCGAGGUACUGGAUAGUCCAAGCAUUAAACGCCGUUCACGCCACAUUGCUAAAUUGAAUAUGGGUGCGUCGACAGAUGAUAUACAUGUUUGUAUAAUGUGUUUACGCGCUAUAAUGAACAACAAAUAUGGCUUCAACAUGGUGAUACAGCAUCGCGAAGCUAUUAAUUGUAUAGCUCUAAGUUUAAUACAUAAAUCUUUACGUACAAAAGCAUUGGUACUAGAACUAUUAGCUGCAAUAUGUUUGGUGAAAGGUGGACAUGAAAUCAUACUUUCCUCCUUUGACAAUUUCAAAGUUGUCUGCCAGGAGAAACGACGUUUCCAAACCCUAAUGGAAUAUUUUAUGAAUUUUGAAGCUUUUAACAUUGAUUUUAUGGUGGCUUGCAUGCAAUUUAUGAAUAUUGUAGUGCAUUCGGUGGAGGAUAUGAAUUACCGCGUUCAUUUGCAGUACGAAUUUACUGCGUUAGGAUUAGAUAAAUAUUUGGAGAAACUGCGUAUGACUGAAUCUGAAGAACUAAAGGUACAAAUUUCUGCUUACCUUGAUAAUGUCUUCGAUGUAGCAGCUUUGAUGGAGGAUUCAGAAACAAAAACAGCUGCUUUAGAACGUGUACAAGAACUUGAAGAUCAAUUAGAACGUGAAGUUGAUCGUAAUUCAGAGUUAAUGUAUAAAUUAGCAGAGUUAGAGAAUGAAGCACUCACUUUAAAAGUUGAACGAGAAGAACUGUUGGCAACGAAGCUAAAAUUCGAUGAAGAGGUUACAACAUUAAGGCGUAUUCUGAAGCAAAAUGAGCAAGAACUGAAAAAACGUGAUUCACUUUUACAAAGUAAAAAUUUAGAAUUACAAACCUUAACACGCUCAUUGCCACGCUCAAAUGGCGAUGGUCCACAGGUAAAUGGAAAUGCUACAUCACCAAGCAACAGUCCAACAUUACCACCGCCUCCACCACCUUUAUCGGCAGCAAAUUCGCCAACUGCAAUGGCUCCACCGCCACCACCACCACCACCUCCGCCAGCACCGCCUGUGCCACCACCACCACCAUGCAUGCCUGGUGCAGGUGACUUGAUGAAUGGUUUAAUGCAGUACCCAGGAAGUCAGGUUAAUGGCGGUUUACAAAACCGUUUGCCCGCACAAGCCAAUGCUGUUUUACAUUCAUUCCAACCACCACCACCACCAGUAGCAGGAUUUAUGCCGGCACCUGAUGGAGCUAUGACGAUUAAACGAAAAGUGCCCACAAAAUACAAGCUGCCAACAGUAAAUUGGAUUCCGCUGAAACCAAAUCAGGUACGAGGUACAAUAUUUAAUGAAUUGGAUGAUGAAAAGUUAUUUAAAUACAUCGACUUCAUUGAAUUCGAAGAACGCUUUAAAAUAGGCAUUGGAGGUUCUUUGUCAAAUGGUAACAAAUCAGAGGUAGAUGGUUUACAAUCGUAUCCAAGCAAACGUUUCAAGAAACCGGAUCAUGUGUCACUGCUCGAACACACGAGAUUACGAAAUAUUGCAAUCUCUCGACGAAAAUUGGACAUGCCCAUUGAUGAGGUUAUAGCGGCUAUACACAGUUUGGAUUUGAAAAAGUUAUCUUUGGAGAACGUUGAAUUAUUACAAAAAAUGGUCCCAACAGAUGUAGAAGUCAAGUUAUAUAAAGAAUAUAUUGUUGAGCGAAAGGACCAAAAUCUACUAACUGAAGAAGAUAAAUUUAUGCUGCAGUUUUCGCGUGUCGAACGUAUUUCAUCCAAAUUAUCCAUAAUGAACUACAUGGGCAAUUUCUUUGACAGUAUACAUUUAAUUAGUCCGCAAAUUUUGUCAAUUUAUACUGCUGCAAAUUCAGUGAAACAGUCUCGUAAAUUUAAAGAAAUUUUAGAAAUUGUAUUAGCAUUUGGAAACUACCUCAAUAGCAGUAAACGCGGUCCAGCAUAUGGAUUUAAAUUGCAAUCCCUUGAUACAUUAGUUGACACGAAAUCAACUGAUAAGCGUUCCUCUUUACUUCAUUAUAUUGUUAGUACAAUUCGGCAAAAAUUCCCUGAUCUCUUAAGUUUUGAUACUGAGCUGUAUAGCACUGACAAAGCAUCACAAGUUUCACUUGAAAACAUUAUAACAGAUGUACAUGACUUGGAGAAAGGUAUGGAACAAGUAAAGAAAGAAGCUGAACUCAGAGUAAAAGGUGCUCAAACUCACAUUUUGCGGGACUUCCUUAAUAACUCUGAAGAUAAGUUGAAGAAAGUGAAAUGCGAGUUGAAGAAUGCACAGGAUGCAUUUAAAGAAUGCGUUGAAUAUUUCGGUGAAUCUUCACGUAAUACUGAGGCAGCAGCCUUUUUCGCACUGAUUGUACGGUUUGCACGAGCAUUUAAGGUACACGAUCAAGAGAACGAACAAAGAAGAAGAAUCGAAAUAGCCGCUGCUUCGAAAAAAGAGAAUGAGCAGGUCAUAUUACGCAAUAAAAUGAACCAAAAGAAACAGCAGUUACCAAAUACAUGCGCGCUGUCCUUACAGGAUGCAGUCAUCAAUGAAUUGAAAACAAAAGCAAAUUCUGUACGCGAAAAGAAACUACUGCAACAGGAUGAAGUUUACAAUGGCGCUCUCGAAGAUAUUUUAUUGGGUCUGAAAAUCGAACCUUAUCGAAGGGCUGAUGCCGUACGACGUAGUCAGCGUAGGCGUAUCGAUAACAAUCGUCUUUCACGUACUUUAGAGGAAUUAGAUGUCUAAAUAGAAAACAUAUUCUAACACCUCAACAUUUCAUCAUGGAGAACAAUACUUUGAUAUUAAAUUUUUGUAAAAAAGUACAUUUUAAAUAUAUUUUUAUUAUUAUUUAAGUUUUCGUAACAUGUACGUUAAUAAUAUCUUAAAAGAUAACUUAUAAAUUUAAAUAAAUGCCAAUUUGACUGCAAAUUCGAAAUCAGAAAAGCUAAAGCUUAGUCGUUAUAGUAAUGAAUAUUGAAUAUAUUAUUCGAAAAAAAUUA